GCUAGUUUAGACAAUGAUUCACAGUUUUUGCCUGGGGCCACUUGUAUUCUCCCAUCUCCAUUACAGGAAAUCCUCUCCGUGGCUCCUUAAGCUAGGACUCAUCCAAGUUUAUAGGUUCUGAGAGGCAUGGUGGUAGCAAGCUGCUGCCUCCCGUUAAGGCCUCCCGCCACCCCAAUCAGCCCUUAGCAGGCACAGCUGGCCCUUCUCUGCCCCUGCUGGAGAACACUUGAGGGAAUGGUGGAACCCUGGAAUUUCCCAGGAGUCUUAAGGCGUGCCUGUCGCAGACAGCAGAUGAGUGGUCCUCAUGCUGGACUGGACAGAGGUCCGCGAAUGAGACCAUGCAGGCUGCACGUCAAGAAGGAGCUGGGUGCAGGCCAAGCCACAGUCAUCAGCGGGGCAGGCUGAGAGAUGCGAAGGAAGGGGUGGAGAGCUGGGGCUGGGUGUGCUUCCUGCCCGGGGAUCUGGCGACCCGCCCCUACUCCCGCCCUGGCGACCAGGCGGGUGCUGGACGGCCCCUCCUGCCUCGGCCAGCCGCCCAAUCAGCAGGCGCCCCCCGCCCGGCCCGCCCCCUCCCCCUCUGGUGACAGAAAGUCGGCCCAGCCGAUGAGGAAGUGGCCGGCAGGCGGCCCUUGGGACUACUCUCCGGCCCUGAUCCCUCCGAACCCUCCACUGCUUCCCGCCUGGUUCCCACUGAGUCCUUAGCCAGGAUGGAGGCUGUUGUGAACUGGUAUCAGGACUACAUGAAGCUUGCAGAUCCCCGGAUCCAGAAAUACCCCCUGAUGGGGUCCCCCUUGCUAAUAACAUCCAUCCUUCUGAUCUAUGUAUACUUCAUCCUCUCACUUGGGCCUCGAAUCAUGGCUAAUCGGAAGCCCUUCCAACUUCGUGGCUUCAUGAUUGUCUACAAUUUCUCACUGGUGAUAUUCUCCCUCUACAUUGUCUAUGAGUUCCUAAUGUCUGGUUGGCUAACUACAUAUACCUGGCGCUGUGACCCUGUAGACUUUUCCAAUAGCCCUGAGGCACUUCGGAUGGUUCGAGUGGCCUGGCUCUUCAUGCUUUCCAAGGUCAUUGAGCUGAUUGACACAGUGAUAUUUGUUCUCCGGAAGAAAGAUGGGCAGGUGACCUUCCUCCAUGUCUUCCAUCACUCCGUGCUUCCCUGGAGCUGGUGGUGGGGGAUAAAAGUUGCUCCAGGAGGAAUGGGCUCUUUCCAUGCCAUGAUAAACUCGUCUGUACAUGUUGUCAUGUACCUAUACUAUGGAUUGUCUGCCCUUGGUCCUGUGGCUCAACCCUACCUUUGGUGGAAAAAACAUAUGACAGCCAUUCAGCUGAUCCAGUUUGUCCUGGUCUCACUGCACAUCAGCCAAUACUACUUCAUACCCAGCUGCAACUACCAGUACCCUCUCAUCAUCCACCUCAUCUGGAUAUAUGGUACCUUCUUCUUCGUGCUCUUCUCCAAUUUCUGGUACCACUCUUACACUAAGGGAAAGCGGCUGCCCCGUGCAGGUGCAGGUGCAGGUGCGGUCCAGCAAAAUGGAACUCCGGCUAUCACCAAGGUCAAGGCCAACUGAGAAGCGUGGCCUAGCUAUUGCCCACCUAAGUGCCUCAGGACUGCACCUUGGGCAGCAUCCACCAGUGUCCUCUCCACCUACACCUAUGACCAGGGCUCAUGUGGUCAGGACUGAGUAGGAGGACUGGUUCUCCCCUCCCCACAGCUGGUCUACAGGGACUACUGUUCCCAUCCCUUCUCCCAGCCAGCUCCAGGGAUGUGGUCUCACUGCUGUCUGCCACCAGAACUGGAGGCUGAAAGGGCUGGACACUUCCCCCUCCCUGCCUUAAACUUGGGAGAGGAACACUCAGGGCUGGCCCCCACCAGGGUCUUGUGGCCUUUCUCCUCACACUGAAGAGGUCAGCAAUAAUCUGUCACAAUGGACUCAGGCUCCUUUUCACUACACAUUGAAGCACGAGCUUCUGGGCCAAAGGUCAGGAUGGGCAGCAAGCCUGGCAAUACAGGCGGUGUACUCAUUUGUGUCUUAAUUAAAGUGACAGAGGAAACCA